CCGGUCUCAUAAUGGGCAACAAUGGUAAUCUGUCCAAGGCGGAGCUGUUUAUACAGAAUCUGAACGCCACCAAUGCGAAAAAGCUUGCCUUCGCUAUGGUGCUGGGGUUCGUCGUGUAUCACGCCUUUCUUCAUUUGCGCUAUGGUUCGGAUUCGUGCAAGUGGUUGCUUAGCGCUGGCCGGUUCAAAGGCGACAAGGAAUGGCAACCGUACGGGUGCAUGCUGCACAAGUACACAGAAACUGACACACGGAAAUGCCUACGGUAUCUUGCGUUUUGGGGCAACCAGAACCAUUUUGUGCUGAUCGGUGACGAACGGCUACGAUCACUUUCACUAGAGUUCAUCGACUACCUUCGUUCGAGCGAAACGGAAAACAAUUCGAAACAAUCGUCCAACACGAAAAGCACAGAAAACGUUCAAUUUACCGACUAUAAGUUACGGCUCCGGGUGGAGUAUAUAUACGCAAACGAGGUAUCGAAAAGUUUAAUCGAUGAGUUCAUCAAAUGGGAGCAUGAGGAAGAUCCACCGAGCUUAAUCAUUGCCAGCUGCACCUAUCCCACCUUUCAGCGUGGUAACGUAACGGAAGAUAUUCAGAAGGCGUACGAAAAGAAUCUAACACGUCUCGUGUCACCAAUCGAUCGACUGUAUGCGAAGAAAACGAAAAUUAUCUGGAAACUGCAAGAUCCGGUCGAUCAGGAAAGUUCCCCCGAAGAGUGGAAAAAUGUGCGCAAUGAGGAUGUGGAUCGGAUUAAUCAAGCGGCAAGCAAUAUAUUGCUCUAUUCGGAAGCGAAAAUCUGGUCUUCUUCCAAUAUGAUCGCUUCCGGGCUGGUGGAUGAGUUUGCCGAUGGACAAAAGCUGAGCUCACUUACACUGAAACACGAUGUGCAAAUUUUGCUGAACAUGUACUGUAAUGAUUAUAUGAAUUACAACGAUGGAACGUGCUGCAGCAGCGCAGAACCGUACACAAUCAUACAGGUUACAACGUAUGCAUUUUUAGCAGUUUGUGCAAGUAUUGCGACCGCCAUGUAUAUACGAAAGUGGAUUGUUAAGUGGCGCGGUAUACACACUUACAUGCCGCUUAAUCAACCCACCAAUUGCACCGACACGCAGUCUCCCCUGUCGGCGCUUGCCUCGCUCGCCAUCAUCAUGACCUAUUUCUACCUUUGCGAUCGAACCAACUUUUUCAUGAAGGAAAACAAAUACUACUCCGAGUUUAGCUUCUGGAUACCGGUUGGGUACGUGUUUGCGCUCGGGUUGUUCUUUACCGAGGACAGUAAGCUGACGAAGGUGCUGCACCGUGAUCAAACGGAUGAGUUGAAAGGCUGGAUGCAGUUGGUCAUCCUGAUCUACUACAUGACCGGUGCGUCCCACAUUCUGCCGAUCUACAUGCACAUCAAGGUGCUGAUCAGUGGCUUUUUGUUUCUGUCCGGAUAUGCCCACUUCACCUACUGGUGGCAAACAGGUAAUGCGGGGCUGGUGCGCUUUCUGAACGUCAUGUUUCGGGUGAACUUUCUCACCGUCCUGCUGUGCCUGUGCAUGAACCGCCCGUACCAGUUUUACUUCUUCGUGCCACUGCUUUCGUUCUGGUAUAGUAUUAUGUACCUGAUGCUAUCGCUUCCGCCCCGCAUUACCGCCCAAAUAGCGGAAGCAAAUCCGUACCAGUAUCUGUACGUGGUGGUGAAGUUCAUUACGAUGCUGGCAACCGUAACGGUGCUGUACAUGAGUGAAGUAUUUUUCGAGCGCAUCUUCGUUACCCGCCCAUGGAAGGCGCUGUUCGUCACAACGGAUGAUGAUAUUCACGAAUGGUGGUACCGGUGGAAGUUGGAUCGCUACACGAUCACGUACGGUAUGAUUUUUGCUGCCAUCUUCCAAAUUUCGCAACGAUACGCCAUUGUGGACGAUAACAACCAUGGCAAUUUGUUCUCGAAACGAAUCUCACUUACCUCCACGCUGGCUGCCAUUACCGGGAUCGGAUGCUACAUGACGUGGACCUUUUUCUGUCGCAAUCGGCAGGACUGCGAGGAGGUACACUCGUACGUGGUGUUUAUUCCAAUCGUGGGCUACAUUUUACUGCGUAACAUUUCCGGCAUACUACGGACGCGGUAUUCGACGUUUUUCGCGUGGUUUGGCAAGAUUUCGUUGGAGCUUUUUUUGUGCCAAUACCACAUCUGGCUGGCUGCCGAUCGGAACGGUGUCCUUGUACUGUUGCCCGGAUUUCCGACGCUUAAUGUGCUGAUCACGUCGUUCAUCUUCGUGUGUGUAUCGCACGAGAUACAUCGUGUAACGAGCGUGCUGUUGCCAUACGCGGUCCCGAACGACUGGAAGCUAGCCCUAAGGAAUAUUGUGUUCUUUGUGAUUCUGCUCAUACCGUUGGGUCGAUAUGAUGGAAUGUUUUAA